AUGGGCGACUUCCCCAAUCUUGGUUCUGGAGCCAAGCCUUUGGCCCCGAUACUCCGCAGGUCAUCGCGAAAGCCAAGACAGCCUGGUGGCUCCAAGCAUGAUCAGUCAGCAGAGACUCUGCCGCAGCCUCGCGGUGGCCAGACUCAGCCAAUGAUAAGCUCUCAUGGACUCCCCUCUCGUGAUGACGACGCUGGUGAUCCACCUGCAGGAGACACCAUCAUCACGGAAGAAGACCAAUCUACAUCGCGUCAAUCUGCGAAGCGCGUCCGCUUCGCCUCCCCGGUGUUUUGCGACGAACUUUCCGACCGCGUCGAAUCAACCGACGAAAACAACAGAACGACCUUUCAAGAAGACUCCCUGGACGAUACUGGCGCCGCCUACGGAUUCGCCACGAAAGACCGAGCCGACCAUCGGUCCAGCUCGUCUUGCGACAACGACCGAAAGCCAUCCGACGAUAACGUUUGCGAUUCUCCUAUUUUCACCUUCGAGGUUGAAUCGGCUGUCAAAAUGACACAACAAAACGCGAAGCGCAAGGCAUCAGAGGAACCCACCUCGCCGUCGGAGACGAAACGAGUCAAGCGCAGCGAUUCGACUGAGCCCGAAUCGAAAAAUCAGGAGCAACAACCCUUGAAGCGCAUCCCGUUCCCUGAGAAGCCCGCCGUCAUCGAAGAACGCGAUGGCGAAAUCGAGUUCCGAGUCGUCAACAACGACAAUGAGCGCGAGUCGCUCAUUAUCCUCACCGGCCUCAAAUGCAUCUUCCAGAAGCAGCUCCCGAAGAUGCCCAAGGACUAUAUUGCUCGGCUCGUCUACGAUCGCACCCAUCUUUCCAUUGCUAUUGUCAAGAAGCCUCUUGAGGUCGUGGGAGGGAUUACCUACCGACCCUUUAAGGGACGCCAGUUUGCGGAGAUUGUAUUCUGCGCCAUUUCCAGCGACCAGCAGGUUAAGGGCUACGGCGCACAUCUCAUGUCCCAUCUCAAGGACUACGUAAAGGCGACGAGCGACGUCAUGCAUUUCCUCACGUAUGCAGACAACUACGCCAUCGGUUAUUUCAAGAAGCAGGGGUUCACCAAGGAAAUCACCCUGCCGCGGUCGGUCUGGAUGGGCUACAUCAAGGAUUAUGAGGGUGGCACGAUCAUGCAGUGUUCUAUGCUCCCACGUAUCCGUUAUCUCGAGAUGGGCCGCAUGCUGCUCAAGCAGAAAGAGUGCGUCCAAGCUAAGAUCCGGGCCUUCUCCAAGUCUCACAUGGUCCACGCCCCGCCCAGGGAGUGGAAGACUGGUGCUAAGCCGAUCGAUCCCCUCUCUAUCCCCGCGAUCCGAGCUUCGGGCUGGUCUCCAGACAUGGACGAGCUCGCCCGACAGCCCCGCCACGGCCCUAACUACAAUCAACUCCUCCACCUGCUCAACGAUCUCCAGAACCACCAAUCCGCCUGGCCUUUCCUCGUCCCCGUGAACAAGGACGACGUGGCAGACUACUACGACGUCAUCAAGGAACCCAUGGACCUCAGCACGAUGGAGUCCAAGCUCGAGGCCGACCAGUACGCCACCCCGGAGGACUUCAUCCGCGACGCGAAGCUCGUCUUCGACAACUGCCGGAAGUACAACAACGAGAGCACGCCGUACGCCAAAUCGGCCAACAAGCUGGAGAAGUUCAUGUGGCAGCAGAUCAAAUCCAUCCCCGAGUGGUCCCACUUGGAGCCUUAGAAGCGCUCCAACGGCGUCAACCGCCCAGGUCCAGGUGCAGGUCCAGGUGCAGGUCCAGGUCGGCCCCGCGUCGGCAGGCCGCUCACCGCGGUCUCCCCGGCGCUCGUUGCGCAGAUGCGCGAGCAGCAGGACAUACUACGGGAGCACCAGGACGAAGCCCGCGUUGCCACCCGCAGCCGCAUCCGUGCAAGGCGCGAGAGUUCCAUGGGUUCGCAGCUCUCCGAGUUCGUGAUACACACCGCCGGUGCACCUCCUGACGGAUUCCCCGCUGUUUCAGACACGCCUGUCCCUAAUCCCAUCCCGAGCUUCCAGGGGCUUACGGUGUCCCCGACGACUGAUCCCAGUUCUUCUGGGGUAUACAGUCAAGUCACGGACUUCAAUUCCUCUGCUACUACUGGCAGUGGUGGCUCGA